CCCAAUAAUUAAUUAAUGCCCAGUGUAGAUGCAAAAAAGCAGUCGUCGUCUUUCACGGGCACACAAAAUUAAACCAAAGAAACAAACAAUCCUUGUUCUCGCCGAAAUAGAGAAUUUUGUGAAUCUGGGUUUUUAGUUCAGGUGUUAAUAUAAGAUUUUGAUCAAAAGAAGACGAGAUUCGAUCCGAUCCGAUCUGAUUGAAGAAGAAAUGGCGAAUCUGUAUGUGAAAGCGGUUCCACCACCGGAUAUGAAUAGGAAUACGGAAUGGUUCAUGUAUCCAGGAGUUUGGACGACUUACAUGCUUAUUCUCUUCUUCGGUUGGCUCGUUGUUCUCUCUGUCUCUGGUUGUUCCCCUGGAAUGGCUUGGACUGUUGUUAAUCUCGCUCACUUCGUUGUAACGUAUCACAGCUUCCACUGGAUGAAAGGAACUCCUUUUGCAGAUGACCAAGGAAUCUACAAUGGUUUAACUUGGUGGGAACAAAUGGACAAUGGUCAACAGCUUACCCGCAACCGCAAAUUUCUUACCCUAGUUCCUGUUGUUCUGUACUUGAUUGCAUCGCAUACAACAGAUUACAGACAUCCAUGGCUGUUCCUCAACACACUCGCUGUGAUGGUUCUCGUUGUUGCCAAGUUCCCCAACAUGCACAAGGUACGCAUCUUUGGUAUCAAUGGUGAUAAAUAAGUUUCCUUUACGGCAAGAGAACACCUGAAAGAAGGAAAAGGGGAUAUAAGCGAACAUAUAUAUGUGUAAAUGUUCAUAUGAGUUGGUUUAAUUCUCGAGUCAUGUUUUUUGUUGGAUAUUUGUAAGUAAACUCUCUAAUUUUGAAGCUUUCAUCUUUUACCUUUUAUAAUAGACACGAAAAAGCUUUCCCUUCA